AUGCCGCCCACCCCGCCCUCGACCACCUCGUCUAGCGCGGGACAGUCGCCGCCAGACCCCCAGUUCCGCGUCGUCCGUAAGCGCAACCGCGUGCCAUUGUCCUGCGGGCCCUGCAGGCAUAGGAAGCUCAAAUGCAACCGCGGCCACCCUUGCGACAACUGCACCAAGCGGGGAGACACCGGAUCAUGUACGUACGCAGCUCCAGGCAACCGCAAGAAGAGCGCGUCCAGCACUGGCUCCGCCACCUCUCCCGAUGACAUGCAAAACCGCAUUGACCGCCUCGAAGGACUUGUUCUUUCUUUGAUGACCAAUGGCGCUCAGAGUGCUGGGCCCGCCGCUGCCCACGCUGCCAUCGCGAACAACCUGAUGAAUGGCUCCACAGACCACCCCUAUGAUAUCAGUAACGACCCUGAGUCGAUACCGGAGGAGGAUGGCGAGGAGAGCGAGGUGGAGCAUGUCACCAAGUCGAUCGGGGUCAUGAAGGUUGACAACAACCGCGCCGUGUUUGCAUCGGAAGCGCAUUGGUAUGCGAUUCUGGGAGAGAUCUCCGAGGUCAAAAACUACUUCAACGAGCACAAGAAGCAGUACGACGAGCAAUUGAAGCGCUACAAAGCCACGCAUACCGACGAGCAGAGCCCCGGCACUGCCUUCCUCUUUGGCGGGCAGAAACCCCUGCCACAGGCCGAGAUCCUCGCACGAUUCCCUCCGAAAGCCACUGCUGAUAUCCUCGUCGCGCGAUACUUCAAUACGUACGACCCGGGCAUUCACAUCAUACAUGGUCCGACAUUCCAAAAGCAGUACGAUAAGCAUUGGUUGAACCCCAACGAGUCGCCCGUCAUCUGGCUCGGCAUGGUGUUUGCUAUGAUGUGCAUAGCGCUGCAGUCGUAUACGCGAGCAGGGGACGAACCGCCAGAAUACAAAGGGAAGUCGUGGGCCAUGUCGACCGACUAUCGGACCUUGACUGCGCAGUGCCUGCUCGCCGCCGACAUCACCUCGCCCAUCACGAACAUGCUCGAGACCUUGAUCCUCCACGUCUAUGCUGAUUACGCCCGUAGUAGAGAUUCUGAACCUGGCAUCCUAGUUAGCACCAGCAUCGUCGUGCGGCUUGCGAUGCGUAUGGGCCUCCAUCGCGAUGCCGGCCCUUAUCCAGGAAUCACAACCUUCCAAGCCGAGAUGCGACGGCGAGUGUGGGCUGCAGUUCGGUCGUUGGAUCUCUUAUUCUCCGCGCAAGCUGGACUGCCUCCCAUCGUGCGACCUCGAGAUACCAACACUGAGGUCCCCCGCAACAUCUACGAUGACGAGCUGUAUGAGGACAUGAAAGUCCUACCACCUUCGAGGCCGGAAGAGGAAGCGACACCCACCCUCUUUCUAAUAAAUCGAACACGACUGAUCUACAAGCUGGGGGAAGCAGUAGAGCUGACCGAAUCGCUUACCUGUUCCUCCUAUGAAGAGGUACUGAAGUCUGACACGCAAGCCCGGGAGCUGCACGACAAGAUCGCCCCCCAUCUCAAGAUCCGACCUAUGGACGAGUCUGCGCGAGAUCCUUCGACCCUCAUCAUGCAACGCUUCACGCUCGACCUCUUGUAUCUAAAGAUCAUCUGCGUUUUACACCGGAAAUUCCUCGCCGCAUCAAGGAGUAAUUCUAGGUUUACCUACUCGCGAAGGGCGUGCAUCGACGCCUCGAUGAUCAUGCUACAACACCAGGCCACGCUGCACAGGGAGUGCCAGCCAGGUGGCAGGUUGCGCAAUGUGAAGUGGUUCAUCUCAUCGCUCACGACCGUGGACUUCCUCCUCGCGGCCAUGAUUGUCUGCUCCGACCUUUACCACACAGCCCGGUCUGAGCGGCAAGGUCGGGCACCGCCGGCAGACAUGUAUUUCUGGAGCGACGAACGGCGGAACGAGAUGCUUGACGCUAUUGAAACAGCCGUGGGUAUCUGGGACGGGCUGAGGGAGCACUCAAUGGAGGCAUACAAGGCUCAUGCGACACUCAGCGUAAUGCUGCAGCAGCUGAAGGAGCACCAUGCAACAAGGCAGGCGCAACAGAGCUUCUCGUCGGCGUCAUCUGCGUUCCCAGCGACAAGCCCCAUGGACGAUGCAAAUGUUGCCCCGGAGCACUCGGCCGCGAUGACGCUAGGCAUGCUCAGCACGGGCGGCUUGACACCAAACUCGGCGAACAUGUUCGAGACGCGCUAUCCAGCAUCGAUGGCGAACCUUCUCAACGACGCGGUUCCGCAGCAACCAGCGGGAUUGACGCCAAAUUACGGAGGUGCAACAAGCGGGCAGGAGAACGCACCCAGUCCAUUCUCGAAUCUCUUCGGUGCUAGUCUUGGUUUGCAGAAUAUGGAUCUGCCCAGCACGGAUAACAUCGACUGGAAUGCAUGGGAUUCCUACAUACAGGGGCCGAGCAUGGACGCAACAAACUCAUUCUUUCCGAUGGAUCUGAGUGGCAUGCAAGUGCAGACUGAGGCGUCGAACGGUCUUCCAAACACACCUGCCCCAAGUGGUCAACAGAACAGUGCGAAUGCAUUUUCGGGGAAUGGCGGGGUUUUUAUGGGGGCGGAUCCGAAGACUUCCUCUGGCGAAGGAUACACGAUGGGUUUUAUGAUACCGAAGACGAGCUAG